GUUUUCAUUAGAUAGUUUGUCCCUGUGUCGUAUCCGUUUGUAUUUUGCCCAAAUGACGCUCGCCGACUUGCCCGCAGUUAAAAUGGAGAGGGACACCACUGUAAGGAGAAUAAAAGGGUAUCGUACAUGCAAUAAUAUAUCGGAACAGGCUACAGAUACAUGGGAACUGAAUGAGAACAAUGACUCUGGGGAAGAUAAAAAGAAGCUUGAGUUGGGUUUGUGUUUGCUGGAAGAAGGAAUCGGAGUUGGUCUAGCUGCUAUAUUCCUUUUUGUGUUAUGGGGACUAGUUCAUUUAUCAUUACAGCAGCUUGUCAUCCGAACAUCCACCGACGAGUUCAAUGCGAUAAGGGCAAGGAAGCAUCUUGAACAUAUUACCAGUGUUGGGCCUAGACCUGUUGGAAGUCCGGAGAAUGAAGUCUUGACAGUAAACUAUCUCUUGAGUCAAAUCGAAAAAAUAAAAGCAGAGAGUGCUUCAGGACCACACUCCAUCUCAGUAGAUAUCCAGAGACCAACGGGCUCCUUCAGUAUUGAUUUUUUAGGCGGCUUCACCAGUUACUAUGACAAGGUCACCAACAUUGCAGUCAAGCUGGAACCAAAACAAGGGGCCAAACAUGCCAUGCUGGCCAACUGCCACUUUGAUUCAGUGGCCAACAGCCCAGGAGCAAGUGAUGAUGCUGUCAGCUGUGCUGUGAUGCUGGAAGUACUUCAGUCACUCUCCAGUCUAUCCACUCCUCUGCAACAUGCUGUGAUUUUCCUUUUUAAUGGAGCUGAAGAGAAUGUGCUUCAGGCUAGUCAUGGGUUCAUCACACAACACCCAUGGGCAAAGCUCAUCCGUGCCUUCAUCAACCUGGAGGCAGCUGGAGUCGGUGGCAAAGAGAUUGUGUUUCAGACAGGUCCGGAAAACCCCUGGCUGGUUCAGGCUUAUGUACACGCAGCUAAGCACCCCUUCGCCUCUGUGGUCGGCCAGGAGGUUUUUCAGAGUGGCAUAAUCCCCUCAGAUACCGACUUCCGCAUCUACAGGGAUUUCGGAAACAUUCCAGGAAUUGAUUUGGCCUUCAUCGAAAGUGGAUUCAUCUACCACACAAAGUAUGACACGCCAGAUAGGAUUCUCACUGACUCCAUACAACGAGCAGGUGACAAUAUCCUUGCUGUAGUGAAGCACCUUGCCCUGUCAGAUAAAUUGGCGGAUUCCUCAGAGUAUCGCCAUGGCAACAUGGUCUUCUUUGAUCUCUUGGGAAUAUUUGUGGUGGCUUACCCAGCUCGGAUGGGAACCAUUAUCAACUACAUGGUCGCCGUGGCAACUUUCAUAUAUUUGGGAAAGAAAUAUUCACUUUCUAGUAAUGCAGGAAGAAGAUGUGUGCGAGAACUGGCAUAUGCUGUUGGCGUGGCUAUCAUGAGUUGGUUCAUCACCCUUCUGUCUGUGCUUAUUGUCGCUCUGCUGGUGUCUCUCAUGGGAAAGACCAUGUUUUGGUACAACCAUUUCUAUGUGUCAAUCUGCCUGUAUGGCUCUGCUGCGGCUGGCAAGAUGAUACUCAUUCACACACUGGCCAAGAAUCUCUACUAUGGAAAUAUUCCACGCCUGCAGCUGGGGGAGCUGUAUUUCGAUGUGAGCAUGACUCUGUGGUGUUGUGCCCUGGUGUUCCUCACACAGCAGGGCCUGUGCUCGGCCUAUGUCCCCAUGCUCAUGGUGGCCUUCCCGCUUCUCAUAAAACUGCUGCUCUCUCAGGAGUUUAAGCAGAAAGGUGCCACACUAAAGUACUCAGUACUGUACCUAUUUGGCCUGACUCUGCCCUAUGUCCAUUUCAUGUUUCUCAUCUGGGUGGUGUUUGAGAUCUUCACACCCAUCCUGGGGCGCAGUGGCACAGAAAUCCCACCAGACGUGGUGCUGGCCACCCUCAUCACGCUGGGCACCAUUUUUCUUUCUUCCUACUUUCUGCACUUCAUUUACCUGGUCAGGAGCACAAAGAAGGUGUUGGCAGUGCUGGGUGCUGUCUUUGCUGUGGUACUCGUGUUGGUUUCCUGUGGCCUGUUCUUCCCUUACUCUGACAAUCCUUCUAACCCUCGGCCCAAGCGAGUCUUCCUGCAGCACACCACUCGCAUGUUCCACGACGUCCAUGGCCAGGUGGAAAGGAAGGACUCGGGGGUUUGGAUCAAUGGGUUUGACUACACAGGGAUGAGGUACAUCACACCUCACAUCCCCGAAAUCAAUGACACCAUUCGGGCCAAGUGCGAAGAUAGCCACCCUUUCUGUGGUUUCCCAUGGUUUCUGCCUGUCCGCUUUCUUGUCAGGAAGAAUUGGUAUCUGCCUGCUCCAGAGGUGUCACCAAAGAUGCCACUCCAGUUUCAACUGGUGUCCCGGGAAGAAACAGACUGGGGUACUACUAAGCUGUCCUUUGAAGUCACAGGGCCCUGCCAUAUGUCUCUCUACCUCAGGCCCCACAGUGGAACGCUGUUGUCCGGCUGGUCAUUUGGAGAUUUCACUCCACAGUUUGGCCUCGAGGGGGAGUACUUCAUCUUUUACUCCCACGGCCUGGAUGCUCCAGCCUGGAAGUUCUGGAUUGAAGUUCAGGCCCCCAAGUCUGAGUUUGCUGAUGGAAUGAUCACUGUUGCUAUAGCAUCUCACUACUUCUUUGGGGAGGAUCAGAAGACACCACAGCUUGCAGACUUACUGGAUCGCUUUCCUGUCUGGACCUUCCCUUCUUACUGGGUCAGCAAUUACAACCUGUACAAGUACUAGAGCCUGCUAACAUUUUUUUAAACAAGCAUAUUUAUGAAAGGGUUUUUUGGAUAUCUGUAUUCCAUUUAUCUGCUAAUGGAUAUCCUUAGCGUUUUUAAAGUCCUCCUUUUGUGGAAAUCUGCAGGUCCACAGUAGGCUGCAGCAGAGUCCUUGCCAUUUUUGUUACAUUUCUCAGAUUACAUCUUAAAAAGUAGAGGAGAAAGAAGACUACCAGUGCUUUAUCUUUGCAGCCUUCUAGUAUUGUGAUUUUAGAGCUUAUCGUAGGACGUGUAUUACCUCAUUUCCCCUUUUACUGAGUGUGUCUUAUUGACCUGACUGCGGACGUAACAUUGCUCAUACUGUUGUCCAAUGGAAUAGUUUUCAAUCCUCUGUUAGCUAGUUAAUUUUGAGUGGGGUGCUACUGGCUUUGCACUUCCCUCUAUUACCAGUACAAUGAAAUUUUAUGACCAAAAUAUUUUAAUAAUCACUUUUCAAUGUUCCUUUAUCUUUUGUAUGCCAAUUUAGAACAUAUGAUGUUAAAAGGCUUGUUCAUUUCCUGUAACCUCAGUGUACAAGCUUGUCUAGUUAUAUUUUUUCAGUCUUGUCUCAACAGCCUGGGAUACAUGUAAAGUAAUAUUAACUUGUUUAGCAAAGUUCAUUUAACACGACAAAUGUUAUAAAAAAAUUGCUGUAUACAUUUUAUAACAGGGUGUUAUGGCAUGUUACAAACUCUACUUGCUACAUACAUUUAACAGUAUGCACAGACACAGACACAGUAUGUUUAUUUACUGUAUUUUGGAGUUAUCUUGCUAUCUUGCACUGUAGCUAAGAAAACACUAAUUAUGUGACUGGUUUAAUUGUUAUUUCAUAUAGUUUUGCUUAGACUGUGUUGGCAGGUAAUACUUUGACAAUUAAUUUUUACUACUGUACAGCACUGCACAGACAGUGACUAUUGGAGGUAAAAAGAGUAUUUAUCGUACAAAUUGCAUGGAAGUCAUCUUUGUGCCAGAAGUCCACCACAAACAGUUUUUCUCACAGCUGCCUUGUGUGUCUGAUAUGUUAAAUAUAUUCCUACUUUAGUAUUCUGUAUUUUUCACACUUUUUAAACAAACAAAAGGGAGAACAUAACUGUAUUUUUAGUAGUCAUUCAGGAGAAUUUUCUUUUCUGGUAUCUUAGUCCUUUUCAGAUUAUAAACGUUUGGGAGAUGAUUACAUACAGUGGAUAUAAAAAGUCUACACACCCUUAUU